AUGACGAAGAAUAAAAAACGAGAAAAAUCAAAGUUUCAAAAUAAUGCGAUAACAUCUGAAGAUCCGCGCUUUGCUCAUGUACGAAAAGACCCGAGGUUUACCCGCCCGAAGAAAAAGGACGUAAAAAUCACUUUAGACGAACGUUUCGCUCAUAUGCUAACUAAUAAAGAGUUUAGCGAUACUCCUAAGGUUGAUAAAUAUGGGAGACCGAUUUCAUCAGAUAAAGUUGCUAAAGAACUACAGCGAUAUUAUAAAUUAAGGGAUGACGAGUUUAAAAGUAAAAGCGAAUCCUCAGAAAGUGAUGAAGAACAGAAUCAUGCGACUACAGAGGAAGAGACAGACAUUGAAAAUAAUGAUUUACCGGCCUUUGACCACGCUAGAGGUGAAGGUGCUUAUGAGUCGUCAGAUAACGAAGUAGAAAACGAAGAAUUAAUUGAGCAAGAAUCCGAUGAAUAUCAUGAGGAGGUUCCAUUAGGAGACGAAACUCAUCGACUUGCGGUAGUCAACCUUGAUUGGGAUAAUGUAAAGGCAUCCGAUCUUAUGAAAGUGUUUAAUGGUUUUAAAUCAGAUGGGUCUAUCAUAAGAUCCAUAAAAAUUUAUCCAUCGGAAUUUGGUAAGGAACGGAUAGAAAAGGAAACACGAGAAGAUACAAACGCUAUCAUUAUUAACGAUAAUGGAGAAGAAUUUGAUACAGAAGAGUUAAGAAGAUAUCAGUUGGAUCGACUAAAAUAUUAUUACGCUGUUGUCGACUGCGAUACUGUUGAAACUGCUCGUCAUAUUUACCAACAAUGUGAUGGAGCGGAAUUUGAAAGUACUGCCAACUUCUUUGAUCUUCGCUUUAUACCCGAUAAUAUGGAAUUUAAUGAUGAACCAAAAGAUGAAUGCUUCCAAGCACCUGAAAUAUAUAAACCUGUCAACUUUGUAACAGAUGCAUUGCAAAAUUCAAGUGUGAAAUUGACUUGGGACGGUGAUGAUCCAUAUCGUGUCAAAACUAUAUGUCAAAAUUUCACGAAAAAAGAUCUUGAUUAUAUGGAUUUUAAGGCUUAUAUCGCUUCCUCUAGCGAGGAAUCCGAUGAUGAUGUUGAAGAAGCAAGACAAAAAUAUAAAAAUUUAUUAAAUGAAAUUGAAAAUGAUAACGCGGAAGAACAGGAUAUGGAAAUUACUUUUACACCUGGAUUGAGUGAGGCGGUAGCAUUGAAUUCAGCAGAAAAG